AAUAUCACAAAACUCAGCGAAUCCUUCAUCAUUGAAUUGUAGUAUAAUACUAAAAAUUGAAGGCCACACAAGACGCCACAAUAAGAAUCCUUCAAGACUCUCGAACCCUAGCUCUCACUUGAAAUGGAUUCUUCCAAUCCCCAAUUCGAAUCUCCUCCUCUUCCUCCACCACAAACCCUCGAUUCUCCAGCAGAUCAAUCUCAAAUUCAAAACCCAGAUAAAACCCUAACCCAAAAUUUCCCCCCUAUCACUAACGAUAAUGGCGCCGAAUUUACCCCCAAAAUCGUCAAACCCUUACUAUCAGAGAACGGACUCACCAACACCAACAGCGGCGACAGAGAUUACUCCGGUGGAGAAGAGGAAACCAGUAGCCGGAGACGUCGACGCAGCCGAUGGGAUCCACCGGCUGGUUCCUCAGCUAAUAACAACAAUAAUAAUAGCGAAAAUCAGUCCACCGACGCUAGUAAUACUGAUUCCGGAACCGGCGGCGGUGCUACGCGCAAGAGAAAAUCUCGCUGGGCUGAUGAUGAUCCGAAACCAACAAUUCAGCUGCCUGAGUUUAUGAAAGAUUUUACUGGAGGUAUUGAAUUUGACCCUGAAAUACAGGCUUUAAAUGCUAGGCUUUUGGAAAUUACUAGACUGUUUCAAUCGGGUAUGCCUUUAGAUGAUAGACCUGAGGGAGCUAGGUCUCCUUCUCCGGAACCUAUCUAUGAUAAUAUGGGAAUUAGAAUCAAUACUAGAGAGUUUAGGGCUAGAGAGAGAUUGACUAAAGAGAGACAAGAUAUUCUUACCCAAAUGAUUAAGAAAAACCCUGCUUUUAAGCCUCCGGCUGAUUACCGGCCACCUAAGCUUAAUAAGAAGCUCUAUAUACCAAUGAAGGAGUACCCGGGUUACAAUUUUAUCGGUUUGAUUAUUGGACCAAGAGGGAAUACUCAAAAGAGAAUGGAAAAGGAAACGGGAGCUAAAAUUGUUAUUCGGGGGAAAGGAUCAGUGAAAGAAGGCAGAUUGCAGCAGAAGAGGGAUUUGAAACCUGACCCUUCGGAGAAUGAAGAUUUGCAUGUUUUAGUUGAGGCUGAUACAGCGGAAGCAUUGGAGGCUGCUGCAGGGAUGGUUGAAAAGUUGUUGCAGCCUGUUGAUGAAGUUUUGAAUGAACAUAAGAGGCAACAGCUUAGAGAACUUGCUGCUUUAAAUGGAACAAUUAGGGAUGAGGAGUAUUGCAGACUGUGUGGUGAGCAGGGCCAUAGGCAGUAUGCGUGCCCUUCUCGUUCUACUACAUUUAAAAGUGAUGUACUUUGUAAGAUAUGUGGUGAUGGUGGUCAUCCAACUAUUGAUUGUCCUGUGAAGGGUACAACAGGGAAAAAAAUGGAUGAUGAGUAUCAGAACUUUCUUGCUGAGUUAGGUGGUUCUAUGCCAGAAUCUUCAACUAAGCUAACUUCUACCUUGGCUUUGGGUCCAGGUAGUUCUGGAAGUAAUCCUCCAUGGGCUAGUAAUAAUACUGGGGGUCUUGGUAGUGCAAAUCAAGCAGGAAGCUUAGGAGCCAAUGGAAUUAAACCUAUUAAAGAUUAUGAUGAUACCAAUUUGUAUAUCGGUUAUCUGCCACCUAAUCUUGAGGAUGAUGGUUUGAUUGGAUUGUUUUCAGCAUUUGGUGAUAUUGUGAUGGCUAAGGUUAUUAAGGAUCGGGUUACUGGAGUUAGCAAAGGUUAUGGUUUUGUGAAGUAUCGUGAUGUUCAAAUGGCUAAUAAUGCUAUUGCAAGCAUGAAUGGUUAUCGUAUAGAUGGUCGAACAAUUGCUGUGAGAGUUGCUGGUAAGCCGCCUCAGCCAACUGUUCCUCCAGGCCCUCCUGCAUCUAAUAUGCCCUCAUACCCUGUUUCAUCUCAGCCAAUUGGUGCCUAUCAGUCCCAGCAGUUUACGCCUUGUGGUCCUCUUCCAAAUGCACCUCCCGGUGGCUAUGCAGCCACUCCUCCUGGCUAUAAUGGCACUCCAGUUCCUUGGGGACCACCAAUGCCCCCUCCUUAUGCUUCUUAUCCCCCUCCUCCCCCUCCUGGAUCCAUGAUGUAUCCUCCUCCUGUCCCAGGACAGUCUAUGGCUCCCUAUGGUGUUCAAUACCCUCCACCAGGACACCCUGGUCUCUCAGGUGCACCUACUCAGACAGGGACGUCUGGUGAACUUCAGCAAAGCUACCCACCAGGAGUGCAGUCUGAGAACAGCUCUUCUGCUCCACCACAAUCAUCAAGUGCCUAUGGCUCUAUAGCUCAACCUGCAUAUGCUACAGCUCCAUUAGGUUACUCAUCUUAUUACAAUGCAGUUCCUCCUCCCCCUCCUGCAUCGGUUUCAACCGUUGACCAUUCACAAGGCAUCAGCAAUGCUCCAUGGGCGCAAAAUCCUCCUGUGCCUCCCCCAGUUUCAUCUGCUUCGGAGAAGACAAAAUAUGGUGCUGAUGCGGAGUACGAGAAGUUCAUGGCAGAGAUGAAAUGAUAUGACUUUUUUCAUUGCAGUUCCAGGUAUUAAGGCAUGAUGUUUCUUGGAGCAGCCUGAUUUCUUACACUCUUGCCAUGACUUUGUUGGAAGUUUGGGACUCACAUCUUUAACAUUGCUGUACUGUUAUGACAUUUGCAGAGAUUUGAGCAGAAGUUCAGCAAGUACUGUUGCAUUUGGGAGAAGGCGUUGAAAACUUACUGAUAUUCAUGUUUCUUUGUGUUUUGUAGGAUUUUUUAUCCCGUAUGAAUCCUUAUGGUCAUAUAUAGUAUUUGUUUCUGAUGGUUCCUUGUUUCUUUAGCCCCUCUGAACUUUCUGGAAGCUGCACGACGCCUUUUAUAUUCUUUAAAGAUGUUUAACCAUGUUGUUUGUUAUUCUUUUUCCCUCUCUAUUGUUUUGCCAUAAUCAUUACUUCAUUUAUUGUGAGGAUAUUUGAGUUUGUUCGAUUUUCAAGCUUCGCUAAUUGCUAUGUCCCUGAAGCUCUUGGUUUUUGUCAUCUCACUUUUCAAGAAGGUGAGCCUUCUAGAAGUUGAAGGUAUUUUGUUUAUGUCACAGAAGUUUUUCAGUUUUCUGCUUUGCUUGAUUAAUAAUUUGAUGCCCUUCUCCAAGCUCUUAUGUGGCAGGUGACAGAAUCCAAAAUGUAUGUUGGGUUUUGGAGUGCUUUUUUCUGUUCUCUACGUGGGUCAACAAAAAAUAUUAUUUGUUCCUCAACUUUUAUUACAAAUGAACAUUAUGUUUGCUGACAUGCAUACAUUUGAUGUAGUUGAUUUAAGAUGUUUUGAGGAUGGGCUGAUAUAGGAAUUGUGUGAUUCAGGUUGAUGGCUUUAGGACAUUGCUUUUAUGUGUCUAACCAAAUGGUUCUAAAUGUAGUUUUUAUGCUUGUCCUUUUGUUUUAGUGAAAACCUUUCUUUCAAUUUGAACAUCUUUAUUGUUUGGUCGAGCUGUGUUAGUUGAUUGUGGGUUAGGUCUCAGCAUUAAGGAAGUUUGUUUAUAGAAAUUGCGUCAUCAUCUGGAAAUGAUAGUUGAAGUCUAGUUCGUUUUCAUUUGAUGUUUGUGGGAUCUUCUUCAAUUUUUAUAGGAAGAAUAAUGAUAUCAUGACAUUGCAUGUGAAGGCAUUACAUUUAUAUAAAGCAUCUCAAAGUUGAUCUGUCUUGUCCAAUGAUUAACCAUUAACAUCAUGUUUAGGGGGCAGAAGAACUGAUACAAGCAAUUACUGCUAUAACUAAUUUGCUUUACUUUGGCACUGACGAGUUAUUGGACUUUAGCUUUAUUUGAUAAUAUCUAUCUUUAUAGUUGAUUGUUAUUACAGGAUAAGGAACAGUAUAACGGGUUCUUUCUUGCAUUGUUAUUUUGUGCUCCUCUUUUCGUAUUUUCUUUCCUUCUCUUGGGAAAACAAUCUAAUUGUAUAAUCCAAUUCUCCAAACAAUAACUACAAUGUCUUAUCCGAUUUGAUGUUUAUCCUUCAAUUUGCUAUUCCAAAUACCUUAUGCCUCCCUAUUUAAAAACAAAAUUACAUUGUUCUAGCCAAGUUAUUGAUAUUACCGUAUAGGGGUACCUGUGCUGAAAGAUCAUUGUGUGCAUUUUUUAAGUGCAUAUAUCAGUUGCUUGCUUGCUUAAUGCGGCUAUUUUUUGGACACAGUUUCCAGAGUAAUGUAUCUCAUCAUGUUGUUUUACUAUUUUAUGGCAUUUUUGGUCAAAUCGCACGUUCUGGGUGUAGCUUAAAUGACUAAAGUGGUUGCUUUAUCCUUGAUUAACUCCUUUUUAAUGUUUUUGUGAUUUAUACUCACCUAUAUGCUAACCUCAUUAUGUGCAAGUUGAUCAGGAUUUAGAUGUUUGAGAUGAAAGAAGUUUUCUGCCAGGUAUUUGUUCCUGUCACAAGCUUUCUGGGACCUUGGCAAAGAAGAUAAUUGGUGAUCAACCAUUAGUAGUGCCUCUAUUAUGCUAGGGGCAUUUUAUGAAUUCUAUAUACUAGAGAACUCUUAUCAAGGUGGUCUUAGCUGGUCAAUGUUUGACUGUAAACAGUUGCUUUUGUAAUUAAAUUAAUUUACCGCUUUUCAGCUCC